GGAGGAGGAGGAGUUUUUAAUGUUCAGUUUGUUCUGUGGAUCGAUGUUUGCUGCUGGCAUCGCCGUAUGUGCGCGCGCGAUAUACACUAUUUCAUACACACGCCUUCUUUUCCUGUCCUUUUCGCACUACGUCUCAUACGAGACCGGGAGUCUAAGAUUGACGGCAUUCGUCCCUUCUGGCUUUGGGAACAAAAAGAACACAAGAUAAGAGACGGAAAGGAAAAAGCAAAUUAAAACAAUCCGCCAUAGAUCUAUCUCUCUAGGAAGGAGAGGUGUAUAUAUAUAUAUAUAUAUAUACAUAUACAUAUAUAUCUAUAUGUAUAUAUAUUAGAGAGACACCUGAUUUUGUCCUGGACAGCGUUUCUGAUAUUCUGGAUUGUACGGAAGAGAAGUGCGUUAGAGAGUCGCGAUUGCGCGUAUAUGGACUCUAUCAGAGCGCUUAUACUGAAUUUCACCUGGGCUCAAAUUCACUGUACGUGAACUAAAGAGAGUUGAACAUGCCAAGGAGGAAACAGCAGGCACCCAAGCGGGCUACGGCAUAUGAGCCAGAUGAGGAUGUCGGUGACCAAGAUUCGAUUCAGGAGGAUGGUGAAAAUGAAUUGCAAACAGAGGAGGAUAACUCUGAGAUGCCCAGUCCUAAGGACAAAGAAGACAAAGAGACAGACAACAAAAGCAGCUACAGCUUCCAGAACUCUCCAGUCAGUGUCCUCUCCAACCAGGAGGUCGAGUUGGAGUCCCGCCUGAGUGAUGGCAGUGACAGACUAUCUGACUUUAAAACCUUGCCACCAGGAAGUCAGAAGGACACCGAGAGCCAUGGCUUGAAACUGAAGGAUGACAUGCAUAGUAGCCUGGAGAAAAUGCGGGCUGCCUAUUCCAACUUCCUUUCAGACUCCUACUGGUCAAAAAUUGGACUAGAUUUGAAGGUUGGCAACAUUGGCAGCAAAGCAAACUGUGACAGCACUAAUGGGAGCACCAAGAGUGAGUUUGACUGGCACCAGGACGCACUCUCAAAAACCCUGCAGCAAACAUUGUCCCCAAAACCUGUGUCAAAACCUAAUCUAUUCAGCUCUGUCCACCUGUACAGACAAAGCAGCAAAGCGUGCGGUGCGGUCUUUACUGGAGCCAGUCGGUUCCGUUGUAAAGAUUGCAGUGCAGCUUAUGACACGCUGGUGGAGUUGACAGUGCACAUGAACAAGAGUGGCCACUACCAGGAUGACAACCACAAUAGGCAAAGCAUUGCCUCCACUUCUACAUCCAAGAACCGCAAGAGGCACCUUCAUGAUAUGGAAGGCAAGGAAGAUGCACAAAAAGUUCUAAAGUGCAUGUUCUGUGGCCACUCUUUUGAUUCACUACAAGACCUAAGCGUACACAUGAUCAAAACAAAGCAUUACCAGAAAGUGCCUUUAAAAGAACCGAUCCCGGUAAUCACUCCAAAAUUAGUCCCACCAGCAAAGAAACGUGCAUUUGAAGCCACAAGGCCUUGUUCACCUGAUUCCACCACAGGGGCAUCAGGUUACAGUGAGGCACAAAGGUCAUCUAGCCUAGCGAAUGCUCCCAACAACCGUUAUGGCUAUCAGAAUGGUGCUAGUUACACAUGGCAGUUUGAGACAUGCAAGUCUCAGAUUCUGAAGUGCAUGGAGUGUGGAAGCUCGCAUGAUACACUUCAACAGCUUACAACUCACAUGAUGGUCACUGGACAUUUCAUUAAGGUUACAAAUUCAGCUUCCAAAAAAGGCAAGCAACUAGCCCUCGACCCUUUAGCAAUUGAGAAAAUGCAGACGCAAGCUGAACCCACAAUGAAUAAACUUGAAGGAGACAAGGUUUCACCAAAGAGCACAGCAUCUGGUGACUCUGAGAGGGCUACUCCGCAGGAAAUGUCACUGGACAAAGCUGAAAAAAAUGGAGACAAGGAUGGCAAGCAAGAGGAUGAGGAUCAGAAGUCCACUGAUGCUAAUUUUAAACAUCCAUAUUUACGAGAAGAGGACCUUGAGCAAGGCUCCAGUGGGGGGGGUGACAUUCUGAAGUCUUUAGCAAAUACAGUGGCUUCGGCAAUCAAUAAAGCUCAAACAGGGACCCCCAGUUGGAGCGCUUACCCCAGCAUUCAUGCAGCAUACCAGCUUUCAGGUGUGAUCAAGACCGCCUCGUUUUCCAAUUCUCCUCCCAUCCAACUCAAGCAGAGUCUCAAUCAUAAGCACAGACCCAUCGCUCCUAAGGGGAAGUUCUAUCAGGGACUUCGAGGACUUGAAAGUUUCCACAAUUCGGACAUCAAAAAGGAGAGGAGUGGUGCAUCUGAAGGCAAAGAGAGCCAGAGCAGUAGGUUUGAUCUGGUGGAGAAUGAUGACAGUGAUUGUCAGGAUGAUUCCUCUUCCUCUUCAAAGCUGGAUGCGGACUGUGUAAGUGAAGAGAAUGACACAAUCAAAGAGAAGUUGAGCCCAGCUUUCUCUGACAGAGGGAUCCCAUCGCCUAGCCCCCCUGCCAGUAACGGGCACAGCAGUUCCUCAGAACUUGUCAGCUACUCCCAGGAAGUUCUUAGCAUAAACCCUCUAAGCGCAUUACAGUCUGUCUUGAACAAUCAUUUAGGUAAAGCAAACAAGCCGAGGCCAGAAAGCAUUCUCUCCCAUCGAACACAAUCCAUAUUUUCUGAACUCAGUAGAGGUUUAGAGAAACCAAUAUCAGCACUCUCAACUGCUGCCGCUGCCAUGAGGGCUAGCAAUAGCUUCAUGUACACAAAUGAUGACCAGCCUAUAGACUUGACAAAAUAUAAACACAACAAACCAAACACAUCCCUUUCAUUGCAGUCCUCCACUCCAAUGCUCCAGAAAUAUGCACUCUCUGACAUUGCUGAUAUGGUGAAGGUUCUUCCAAAAGCCACAACCCCGAAGCCACCGAUGCCAGCAAGAGUGCCUGCCAUGAAGUUGGAGACUGAUGUGCGAUGUUUCGAAGAUGUCUCCAAUGAGAUGUACUCAGUCCACAAGCGUAAGGGCCGACAGUCUAACUGGAACCCCCAGCAUCUGCUUAUUCUUCAAGCGCAGUUUGCCUCCAGCCUUUUUCAGACGUCUGAGGGCAAGUAUCUUCUCUCUGAUCUUGGUCCUCAGGAGAGGAUGCACAUCUCGAAGUUCACUGGGCUUUCAAUGACCACCAUCAGCCACUGGCUGGCCAACGUAAAGUACCAACUUAGGAAAACAGGAGGGACCAAAUUUUUAAAGAACAUGGAUACCGGCCAUCCGGUAUUCUACUGCAAUGACUGUGCGUCGCAAUUCAGAACACCCUCUUCGUUUAUAUCCCACCUUGAGAACCAUCUUGGUUUCAAGAUCAAGGACAUGAACAAACUGCCCAUAGAACACCCAUCAAAAGUAACAGAGCCCGAACUUUCAAAGGCCCUCAAUGUCCGACCAAUGAAUUCGCAAAUCACUGAAGAUGAACCUGACUCCAAGUUCAAAUGCAAGCUUUGCAGUCGGACAUUUGCCAGCAAUCACGCAGUCAAACUUCACUUGAGUAAAACUCACAGCAAAUCCCCUGAGAAUCAUUCACAGUUUGUUGAAAUGGACAAAGAGUAGCUUUGGCGAUUUGUACUACUUGUAGUUAUCUUGUUGGAAAAUAACUGUAAUUCUUCUGCUUUUAUAAAUCAAGGGUCAAAUUGUCUCUUUUUUUACCCUCGUAAUGUUUCAAGUAGCAUUAUGCAGAAUGCUUAAACUUCAUUUUCAGAAUCAUCAUUUCAUCAUACUGAAAACUAAAUGGACACACUGACCAGGUUAGAAUUAAGUUUACUGUUAGAAAAUAAAUACUCAUUAAAAGAUUAAGAAUACAUUGAUGUAUUUCUUUGCACCCUGUUUAAAUGCACCACCAGUAAUGAAUUGUAUUACUGCUUGAGACAUAAAUGCUGAUGUUUGCAUGCAAUAUAGCUCUGGCUAUGACUACUAUUUAUUUGUAUGAUAUGGCAAGUUUUAACUAUAUUACUUUUAACAACAAAUUGAUCAAUACAUUUUAACUGUAAUUUGCAAGUCUGAUAAUGCACUUGUAGAAACACACAGGCGCUCAAACAGGUAGCCGGACACACAUUAAAAACAUUUACUGAAAUGUACAGUAUAUUUGCUCUGUAAAAUGUUUGUGUCGCAACGAUAGAACAGAGAAGCACUUUAAUAAAGGUUUAAUCACAUGUUUAGGCGCAGAUUCAGUGUGUGGGCUUACAGAUUCGGACAGGUUUGACACAAGGAUGUCUCACAUUAAUGUAUAUUUAGCAUUGCAGAAAAAGUGUCUCAUCAGUGGGAAAAAACAAAGUGAGACAAAAGAACACUGCACCUUUUAUACCAAUACAAAUAAAGCAUUAACAU